ACAGUCCCAAUUGAAUCAAUUUGGUAAAACCUCCCUUUGCCAUUGUAUACGGUUUCAAUCUUGUACUUCACCUUGUAUUCUAAACAGUAGGUCAUUUAGCCACCUCAAUUUUUUGUGAGUGCUACAAGUACAAAAAGAACAUUGCAAAAUUAUUCUUAAAAAUACAUUCUGGGGCACUGCAAUUGGUAAAAAGUGAGAAGUGCCCUGCUCGAAGUACCCACGAGAUGUUUACAAGACCAUUACUUUUAUCGUCAAAAUUGGAAUUAACUCGGUGCUUCAAAUUCCCACAAAAUGGAAUGUCACAGUAUCCUUCCUACUAUAUUAAACCGAUCUACAGCAAUGACAAACAAACUGACUUGAUUAAAUCGGGAGAAGCCCAAAAAUUAGCCCACGUACCGACUAGAGCCGCACUUAACGAUCAAACCAGUUCAAUUUAUCACGAUGAUCUUAUUUGUUUGCUUGUUAAUUACCUAAUGAAAGAUGGUAAUAAAUUGUUGGCGAGAGACCUUGUAGAAAAAACAAUGGAAAAGAUUAAACGAGUUCAACUGGAAAAAUAUCAUAAGUUGGCAAAUGAAGAGGAAAAAGAAAAGGUGGUGCUUAAUCCUCGAGCUAUUAUUCAUCAAGCGAUUACAAACGUUAAACCAAUUUUACAACUGACCCCUAUUAAAAGAGGCGGUGUAACUUACCAGGUUCCGGUACCAAUUACAGAUCGCAGAUCACAAUUUUUGUCAAUGAAAUGGCUUAUAGAGGCAGGAAACGAGAAAGAGCGUACUGUACGCUUUUAUGAUCAAUUUGCAUACGAGCUCAUAGAUGCUGCUAAUAACACAGGAAGGGCGGUGAAAAAGAAGCAAGAUCUUCACAAGCAAUGCGAGAUGAAUAGAGCCUAUGCUCACUAUAGAUGGAGUUAAUUUAUUUGCUAAUAUACAUCUUUAGAAAAUA